AUGUCAAAAGAGCGGAACGUCGAUGUCAAACGAUGAGUAAUUGUCAGUAACUUUGACCGAUUGAACUAUCGACAGUGUUAGUGGAUGAAGGUAAAUGAUGAUGGCUGAAAUGGAGAGAUAUGCCACAUUGUGUUUCAUGUGUGUUGGAUGUUUACAUCUUGCUCUUUCCAGCUUGGUUUCCAUCUCGGCACUGCGUCGCUCCUUCCCUAAACAUUCGGAUGCCCCACGUCACCCAUCCCACAUUGUUCGAGCUCACCACAGCACCAAUCAAUCCUCUAGCGAAGCAUCGCACUGGUUUUGCGCAUUUCAGUUGAGAGAUAAAUAGUUUUUCAUCUUUCUUCACGACGUCAAAAUGGCCAGCCACGGUGUUCCGCGAACAAGUGCUCCCACCGAGCGGACACCGCAAGCACAAGCGGCAGAAUUACAAAAAAUCCAAGAAUACAAAGACCUCGUUGAGCUCGUUAACACCAAAAUCCGUCAGCGCGAAUACACCGCCGACACCCUCGCUCUCAUAUCGAAGCUCCUUAAGCGCAAUCCAGAAUACUAUUCCAUUUGGAAUCACCGCCGACUUGUCCUGCAGCAACUUUUCUCCGAUGCCCAGCAAGCUGCGCAAAUAAAACAGCCUAUUACUUCUUCGAAUGACACAACUUCUCAUCCUGAAUCAACCCCCGAUAAUGCAACCACUGACGCUGCACCCGCUACCCACCCCACACAAUAUCCCGCUUCUGAACAAAUAGAACUGUUGCUCAUCUCCGAUCUCCACUUUCUCGUGCCUUUACUCCGCGAAUUUCCAAAAUGCUACUGGAUAUGGAACCACCGGCAAUGGCUCCUCCAACAAGCCACACACCUACUGCCCGUACCCCGCGUGCGGCGACUCUGGCAAGAAGAACUUGGGCUCGUGGCGAAAAUGCUGAGUAUGGACAGCCGCAACUUCCACGGGUGGGGGUAUCGACGAAGAGUGGUUGCCGAACUGGAGAGUCCCGAGCUGCAAGGCACAAGCAUGGCCGAAGAUGAGUUUAGCUAUACGACCAAGAUGAUCAAGACGAGUCUGUCGAAUUUCUCCGCAUGGCAUUAUCGCAGCAAGUUGAUUCCGAGAUUACUCAACGAGCGCGGCGCGUCUCGGGAAGAACGGAGGAAAUUUCUCGAUAGUGAAUUCAAUCUUAUACAAAACGCCCUGUGGACAGACUCUGCAGAUCAAUCUCUCUGGUUCUAUCACGCCUUUCUCAUGUCUGAACUAUCUACUACUCCUUCUACCUCCUCCUCCUCCUCCUCAUCCUCGCCCUCGACUUCUUCCUCUUCUGCAAUCAUACCCGACCUAUCUCCCACGGAACGCGUAGCCCUUCUUUCUCGCGAACUCGACAAUAUCAAAGAAAUGCUCGAAGACGAAGACGAAGACGACACCGACACUGCACCUGCCGAGCGCAAGUACAUUUAUCAUGCGCUUGUUCAAUCCACACUAGAAAAGCAAAAAUGGAUUCGUGCCGUCGAAGCACAUGCCGAGCCAAAAGCAAUAGCCGAUGACAAGGAUGAAGUACAGUCCUGGAUAAGCAAGUUACGCGCAUUAGAUCCCUUUCGAAUGGGACGAUGGGAUGACGUUGCGCGCCAAGUAGAUGAUUUAUAUGCCUAAUGACCUUUUUGUUCAUUUAUUUAUAUUAAUUGGUUUAUUCUAUGUUCAUUUAUCGGUGAACUUUUCCAAUGGAGAGAUUUAUUUAAUGAUUUUGAUUUAUCAUCUAGUAUUGGAUUUCAUAUCGUUUAGUGUUAUACAAGGGUCAGGAUUGGGAGAAGAGAUGUAUAGAUCUGCCGAGAUUUGGCUAAGCCUAUAUAGUUGCGCAAUGCAUAUGCAUAUAUUUUU